GCACGUUGACAGUGCUUCUGGCUUCAGCACGCAUGGAGAUACAGAUUGAAAUUGCUCGGCUUUCUUUACAAAUGACUCAGAGCGUGCCUGUCCUUCCCUAAAAUGUUGCCAGCGUGUAAAGGAUUUUCAAUGAGCAGUGCAAUAAGCCAGCAAGUGGGAAGGUUGGAGCGGCACUGAUGUAACGUGGGGCUGUCACACGGAUAAUCAGGCUGGAGCCAAGUCCCCGUAGCACUGUGCAUCACUCUGGUCAUAUCCUGGAAGUUUUGUUUACCCAACUUGGUUGCUGGUGAAGCUGCCGAGAGCCCUGCGAGGAUGUGGAGUGGACUUCCUAGCAGAGGCAGUACAUGCCACACCACUACCCUUCCUGCUCUUGUGCGCACUCCUGCCCUGGUGAUGCAGCCUUCACUGGAUAUCAAACCAUUCAUGUCUUUUCCAGUGGACAGUAGUUCUGCUGUUGGGCUCUUUCCAAAUUUUAACACAAUGGAUCCCGUGCAGAAAGCUGUCAUUAACCACACAUUUGGUGUGUCCAUUCCUCCAAAGAAGAAACAAGUGAUUUCUUGUAAUGUCUGCCAGCUUCGCUUUAACUCGGAUAGCCAGGCCGAGGCCCACUACAAAGGAAGUAAACAUGCCAAGAAGGUCAAAGCACUAGAGGCAACGAAAAAUAAACCCAAAAUGGUUUCUUCCAAGGACAGCACAAAGGCUAACCCCAGCUGCGCCAUCACUGCAAUCCCAGGCAACAGCUCUGACAAAUCAGAAGACAAAGGGAAGUUGAAAGCCAGUGGUUCCAGCCAGCCACUGGGCUCCGAGGGCACCUCCUUUCUCCUCAAACCUGGCACAGCCCCUCUGCCACCUGGAGCUGCUGCUGCUCCCUCCAAGAACACAAAUGGAGAUCCCAGCUCUGCUGCUGAAUCAGAAGAAGAAAAAGCCAAAAAAUUACUUUAUUGUUCACUAUGCAAAGUGGCCGUGAACUCAUUGUCACAGCUAGAGGCUCACAACACAGGAUCUAAACAUAAGACCAUGGUUGAGGCUCGCAAUGGAGCUGGUCCAAUUAAGUCCUAUCCGAGACCCGGGUCAAGGUUAAAGAUGCAGAACGGCAGUAAGGGGUCAGGACUGCAGAACAAGACCUUUCAUUGUGAAAUCUGCGAUGUUCACGUGAACUCAGAAAUUCAGCUCAAACAGCACAUUUCUAGCCGAAGGCAUAAAGAUCGUGUUGCAGGGAAACCUCUGAAGCCGAAAUACAGCCCCUACAACAAACUCCAGCGGAGCCCCAGCAUUUUAGCAGCAAAGCUUGCAUUCCAGAAGGACAUGAUGAAGCCGCUGGCCCCGGCCUUCCUGUCGUCGCCCCUGGCGGCGGCGGCGGCCGUGUCCUCGGCGCUGUCCCUGCCGCCGCGGCCCUCGGCGUCGCUGCUGCCGGCCGCGGCCAUCCCGCCCGCCGCGCUGCUGAGGCCCGCCGGGCCCAUCCGCGCCACGCCCGCCUCCAUCCUCUUCGCCCCCUACUGA